GCUUCAAUCUCGUUGUGGAUAUCAUGUCUUGUGUUAGCAAUUUAUGUCAUGUCUUCGAAGAAAUUCAAGCACACAUGGGAAGGAUUCUCAUUUGAGUCAUUCUGUUUCAUCCUUACAGACCUGAGACUAGCCCUGCCCUCUGCAGCAAUGGUUUGUUUAGAGUGCUGGGCUUUUGAGAUUCUUGUGUUCCUAGCAGGAAUUAUGCCUAAUUCACAAAUAACAACGUCACUGACUGCAAUGUGCGUGAACACGGAAGCCAUUGCUUACAUGAUCACAUAUGGUCUUAGUGCAGCAGCAAGCACAAGGGUUUCAAAUGAGUUGGGUGCUGGAAAUCCGGAAAGGGCUAAGAAUGCCAUGGCUGUGACUCUCAAGCUCUCUGUCCUUCUUGCACUUGCAUUUAUCAUCACUUUAGCCUUUGGCCAUAACAUUUGGGCCAGUUUCUUCAGUGACAGUUCUUCAAUAAUUGAAAAGUUUGCCUCCUUGACACCCUUCCUUGCUAUCUCAAUUGCACUUGAUUCUAUACAGGGUGUCCUAUCAGGGGUGGCCAGGGGAUGCGGGUGGCAGCAUUUGGCUGUGUUCGCUAACUUGGGAACUUUCUUUUUAAUCGGCAUGCCUAUUGCAGCUGUUCUUGGAUUUAAGUUGAAGCUAUAUGUUAAGGGGCUCUGGAUAGGCUUAAUCUGUGGCCUCUCUUCCCAAUCAGGCACCCUGCUGUUGAUCACAUUGUGCAGAAAGUGGACUAGAAUUGAUCUUUCUGAUCAAGCAGAUAAGGAAAUACCAGAUUCUGUUUAACAAAAAUUCACAAAGGAGAAGAAAAACAAUCAGGAGCAAGACCUAAAGGCCUAUAGCAUCUGACAUUUUGCUUACACGCUAGAGAGCAGAGUAAGCAUUUCAUGAAUUACUGAGAUCGACCAAAUAGUUACAAUCAUCUUAUACAUGUUUUCUUAUUUACAAUGAAUUCAUUCAUGUUUG